CUGUCUUUUACAAAUCAAACAUUCAAACUGAAACCAAAGAUAACACAGAAAGAAAACACGUUUCUUCUCUUUAUUGUGAUUCAUUGGCAAUGGCUCAAAAUGAUAGAAAUACAAGGAUUGCUCAAAAGGCGUUUGAAAUGGUCGAUAAGGUGUACGGUAAGUCCCAGAAAAUAACUCCUCCGCCACACGUUCCUAGAGACGAGUUCCCUUCUCGUUAUAGCCAAAACUCUUACGAAUAUGGUGGUCCAAAAACAUAUACCAUAAAAGAGGCGAUUAGUACUACUACUCGCCGCCGAGUCAUUUAUCAUCAGUAUUCAAAUGGGUCAACUAUAAAAGAACCGGUUGUUCCUCACCCCACGGAACGUAUUCAAUACUUUGGUGGUGCCACUGCCCGUCCUUUUAUCGGCUAUGCCAACCGGUUUGAGAGGCCAAAAGGGCGGGCUAUUAGCUGCGAUGAGGCGGUCCAACUCUAUGGAGGGGUGCUUAUAAAGGAGUUUCGUAAGUAAGCGACACAGGAUGAGUUUGUAAGAUGGUGAUAUAUAUAUAUAUAAAAGAUAUUUUAAUUCUGCUUCCGGAAAAUAAUGCAGACCAACACAUAUGCUAAAGCUUGUUGUCAAGGCUUUCACUUAGAAUAAGCUUUAGGUCACUACCAAUUAAGUGUUGUGUCUGUUACGUAUCUACUAGUACUUUAACUGAGUUGAUGAAGCUUAUAUAAUGUAAAAUAGUUACGUGUUUACUACUAAUAAUGGAAUUCUAUAUGUUAAUGUAAA